AUGUGGUCGUCUUUUCAGCAGUAUGUUUCGUCCAAUCCGCCACCAGUGGAGCUCAUUCGAGAGCAGUUAUUUGUUGACAUGUUGAUUGAUUCGUUGUUCGCGUACGAGGGUGUCAAGGUUCAUUCGGAUCAUCGCCCCAAAUACGUCUACCUGCUUGCUUAUGGAUCGUGUGUUGGUGAGCAGAAAACCGGUUCCGGGGGACGCAUACAGAAUCGCAAUGAUCUGGACAAGACACGUGACAAAAUUGAGCGAGUUGUGAGUUUUCUGGAGAAAGCCGAUGACCUACUGAAGGAAAUUUCGCUUUUGCUCGAAGCCAUCUUGCUGCCAGUUGUGUCGGCCGGCGUCCUGCACUACUUGCGUGGUAGCCUGUUAAGUGACGAAGUGAUCAGCGAGCCAGAGCCUGUGCAUUUCGUUAUACUGGAUCAAAUCGCCGCUAAUCAUCACAAUUUAGCAAUGAAAGUGUUCCGGGUUCUGUGUGAGCUCUAUGACCGGCAAUCGACGAUGAAUGAAGCGGCCGAAGUGAUCAUGGAGAAGCAGCGCAGCGUGGUGGAUCGUUUCGUGCACCUGCUUUCAGUAGGCCUGGCAUUGCCAGUUGUAGAAAAAAUCAACAAAAUGUUCCGUGAUGGGCAAAUUGACAUUUCUCUUAUCAGGUAUUUUGCGGUGGAAGUGCUUGAAAUUGUCGCACCACCAUAUUCCGAAGAUUUCGUCAACGUCUUUCUGCCGAUUGUUUCAAAUCCUGAAAUAUUUGAUCAGAACAUCAGUGACAAAAUUCCGGUUGCGAAGCAGUUUGUCGAGCACUGCACCCCGGCAGCGGCGGCUGCCGAAGUAACCAGCACCUCUUCGCAAGCCUGA